AUGUUGGCCAAAACCUUUAUCUUGUCCGUCGGACUCUACGCCAUGCUAGGCCUCUCCAGCCCGACCCCUGAAGUCUCGGCUGAAGUCUCCGUUGAGUCCAACGCUGUCGAAACCAACAGCACCACUCAUGUCCUGAACGAACGCGCCACCGGCGUCUGGCUAGACGUCUAUAAAUCAGGCGCGUGCGACAACGGCUGGGAAGACCAGCCCAAGUCCGGCUGGGUGUGGGCCGGCCAAUGCAAGAACUUUGACUCCUUUACCUACGGCGCCAGAGCUGGAAAGAACGACGCGGGCUGGCCAUCUGCGUGCACUUUCAAGUUCUGGGAGAACGCUGAUUGCCAUGGCCAUGCUACUGUCCAUCAUAUUACGGAUUCUAUCCAGUGGGAGAACGGUAACCCGACUUACCAGUGUAUUGCCACGGCGAAUAAGGCAUCUGGAGAGUUUUACCUGGGAAAUGGGGCUGCUAGUGUGUUGAUGACUUGUUAG